AUGAAACCACAACGAUAUUAAAUGGAUUUUAAUCUCUCGAAGUCAUAUUUACCAUAGAAAAUACAAGGUAAUAGAGAGUCUUCAGCCAAAAAGCUUAGCAACUCAGAAGUGAAUGCAGCAAUGCAAAAAUACUUCUAAUUACUAAAAAAGAAAGAGGGAAAAGUUUAACAUCCAAUAAUCACUCCAACUCAAUCUUCUAAGAUUUUAAGUCAACUUGUGACUAAAGUCUCUCCAUAACUAGAUAUACAUGUACCUGUAAAACCACCUACUCCUACUGGAACUUAAUCAUAUAGGCCAUCUACUGAAAAGAAACCACAUCAUCGUCCUUAACAAUCUGUUGGUUAAAGCAAAGAUCUAAUACUUAAAAAGUUAUAGAGUGCAUUGUUUUAGAAACCAAAAACAUAAUCUUAAUAAGUUACUCCUAAAAGUGCAGGUAAAGGCAGUCUAAGUGUUAACAAAUAUUUUGAGAGCACUAAAAAAUUAAAUACAGAUCAACCAUAAUAUUAUAUCACUAAGGUUAAGAAUGCUUUUACAAAACCCAUUCAUGAUGACUAUUUUAGUAGAAUGUAUAGAGAGCAUUUUUUUUAAACAUACUAAGGAAUAUAUGUUGCAUCAUAUUUAUCACCAGCCGAUCCAAAAGAUCUAAAAAAUAAAUAAGUACGUCUUAAAUAAAAAGAUAUCUAUAAAAGUAUGAAUACAUGUAUUAAUAUAACUAGAUAAAAUAAGCAUCGUUUUUGAUUUAGAUGAAACUUUAGUUCAUUGCAAUGAGAGUUUAGCAAUACCUAGUGAUGUAGUUCUAACUAUUUAAGUCUCUCCAUAAGAAACAAUAAAAGCAGGUAUUAAUAUUAGACCUGGGGCAAUAAAAUUAUUAGAAUUACUGGUUAAUGAUUUUGAAUUGAUUGUUUUCACUGCCUCUCAUCCUUGUUAUGCCUAAAAGGUUAUUGAACAUUUGGAUCCAAAUAAGACACUCAUAUCUCAUAGUUUAUAUCGUGAUAAUUGUAUAAUGACUACUGGAGGAAUGUAUACUAAAGAUUUAAGGAUUUUCGAUCGUCCAUUAAGUCAACUGGUUCUUGUUGAUAAUGCCUCAUAUUCUUAUGCUUGGUAAUUAGAUAAUGGAAUUCCUAUUAUUCCUUUUUAUGAUAAUAAAGAGGAUAAAGAAUUAGAAUCCCUUCUCAAGUACUUAAGAGGAAUGCAAGGUUGCAGAGAUGUCAGAGAUUACAAUAAGUUUAAUAUAAAUCUUAAAUUAUUAGAGAAAAUCUUAAGUUGUACAAUUUCUAGGAUCCAUAAGGGCCUGGAGCAGUCUUUGAGAAAUUGUUUCAAUAGAAGAUGGAAAUCUAAUGAUAUUUUUAUU